UGAAAAUAUUGUGUGGAUUGUUGGGAAAUCGUAUAUUAUCGUCUAUAGUUUCCAUCUCUUCCAAAUUACUGGCUUGUUGUUUUAGUUCAGGAGGAAUUGUAAAAGCUGGCUGCUGUUUCGUUUGAGGUGUUCGGUGACUGAAUAUGUCUAAUUCUGCAUAGCAUGAAACGCGCUAAUGAGGUAUCUGAGGAGAGGAUAACCUCCUGUCCAGCCCUGCAACGUCAUGGACGCCUGUGCACGGAUCAGAGGGGUCCCGUUGAAGAGCCGUGCCACUAUGAAGAAAGAAACCAUCCGCGAGGGCUCAAACCUGUGCCUGAAGAGCCUGUUGAGACACAAGAAGGAGCUGUGCAAUGUAAUAGUGGAGCUGCAUAAUAAAGAACCACAGUUGUUAUCAGAAGUACAUUACAUAUGCUUACCUAGUCAUGCUGAGGGGGAGAAUUUCACCCUACAGGCUCUGACGUCCCUCUCCACUGAGAUGAUGGAGUUGCUUAGAUCACUACAUGUACACACCCUUAAAGAUGAAGAGAUUUUGCUCCUUAAAGACCCUAAAAGACCCUUUGAGAGGAAAGACAGUGUUUCUCAGGGCUGUUCAAGGGCCUUGUGUAUAUUGAGACAUGGCCCCACUCCUAAGAUUAGUGUUUGCACCAUGCUGGGGUUGUUGGCUCGAUACACAGCUGGGAUAAGGUAUGCCAUGGAGUUACAUGUUCAGCAGAGAGGCACUUCAGAAGCUUGUCAAGCUGAGGAUGAUGACACCAAUCAGUCUGUCUCUUCUAUUGAGGAGGACUUUGUUACUGCUUUCGAACAUCUUGAAGAGGAGCAUACAGGUGCCCAUAGUCAGAGGAACCAAAGGGAUGUGGCAUCCCAGACAGUCCCUUACACCCAUUUAAAAGACUUAAGUGGAUCUCGUAUUAUUAUAAGUUCCAUACCCAGGAAGUCAGUGCCCAAGGGAAAGACUGCUGCAGAAGUGUCAGAAACGGUCCUGUCAACAGUGUGGCCUGAAAUUUCAGAGAUCUCGUAUGAACUUAGCAGUCUGUCAAAGGGACGUGUUACCUCCACAUCCCUCACCGAGUCAGAUGAUUCAGACUGCUCAAGUCCCAGUCCAAUUAUAUUCCUGGAUGAAGUUGGAUAUCAGAAGAGUCUUAAAGCAAAACUUGACAUUCCCAAGAUCCCCAUUCUAAAGGAUGGAGUAGAAGACUCUGACUCAGAAGUCAGUGAAUUUUUCGACAGCUUUGAUCAGUUUGAUGAACUAGACCAGUCAUCUGAUUCCAACAUCAAGGUCCUUAAACAACAUCCCCUCCCUGGUCAAACAGAGAAGUAUGUUGACAACUCUGGAUGUAAAUUUGUAUCAAGGGGGUGCUCGACCACAGCAAUGAAUCCUCACAAGUUUGAUCAUAGGACUCUUCCAGCCAAUGUCAAGAAACCAACUCCACUUAAACCAGGAUCACCGUACAGUAUUCACUCUGAAUUACCAGAUUCCCCACGGCCAGCGAGGACUCCCUGCGAGGAAAGUGGGCCUCUCUUCAGUCCAGUUCGUUCAUCUGCAUUUAGCCCACUGGGAGAAGGAGGGUCCUUAGAGUAUUUUUGGAAGGCAGAUGUUGAUGGCUCAGAAUUACGUAAACCACAGGACCUUUGCUCACUGUACAAAACGUACGCAGAUUUUGCCAACAACCUGUCAAAAGAAAUCCUUGGAUCGGUCUGUGGGUACUCCUCCCCUGUUGAUUUUAACAUUAAUAAGAACUUGAGCUGUGUGUGUCAUAAGGAGUUCAAAAACACUAAUGGGCAUCUAAUGAAGCUUUCAGACAUCCAGGAGACAGUCACCAUCACUAAAUCCCAAUCACAGUCUCUUAAGGAUGGGAUUCAGAGGUUUGCUACAGACUUAGUCGAAAUGAGCCUUGGAAGUGCCUUAAGGGACUUGCAGAAAGGUGUGUCCUCCUGUACCACCACACUUUGCCAUUUGGCUGCAAGGCUGACAUCUUCAGUAUUUCAAAUGGCCUUUCAUGAGAUAGGAAUGCGCCAUGCAUACGUGUUAAAAGAGCGUGCCGUAAACGGUCUAGCCGGUUUCCUUGUAGGCGAAGCCAUUUCUGGAGCCCUUAAAGAGUUUCUGUUUGUGAAAAAGCAGAUUUUCAACAACACUGUCACACGAUUUGCUGCAGAUCUUGCUGAGGAAUUAGUGUUUGAAGGAAUUAUGGAGGUUUGCCAGUUUUCACAUCCCUCGACGUUACUCACGCCAGGUAACUGGUCGUUCGACGAAGAGGAGGAAGUGGUUUCAUCCUAUGCCUCUGAUCUGUCGGAGUCUGUUCUCCAAGAGGCUUUUAUAGAGCUCUCACAAGCCGAUGUGACAUUCACUACCCAGGCAGCUAUCAGUGUGUCGGUUGACAAUAUUUGCUACGUGAGUGCUGAAGAUAGCUCUCUCAUUACAAAAACCUGCAGUGCCCAAACAAGCUAUCUUGGAUCUCAGGCUGUCGCAGAGGUUUCAAAUCAAGAGCAGGAUGGUUGUACAGUGAAGAAAGCUUUGUAUUGUGUGUCAGGUAUCGCCAGUUGUGUUCCAGUUCCUGUGGCUGGCAAUGUCAUAUCCCAUGUACACAAUUCAGACGAACCUUCUCAGUAUAAAUCCAGUAUUGGUCAUGUGUGUCAGACCAGCCCUAAAAGAACCAUUUGUUGCCAAGUGGAAGUAACAUCAUCAGCCUCAGAUACGUCUGCAAGGACUGAUUCAUCGCCAGGUCCUGCAAGAAUCCAGGAUUCAGCCAGUGAUGAGGAAAUUGUUGACAGCAUGUCUGUUGAAACUGAUUCUGGGAAGCCCUCGAUUGGAAAAACUUUUCAAAACUUCUCUGGAAAUAUGGUGGACACUAUAGUAGGUGAGGCAUUUGAUCUAGUGAAUUCUUCGACAAAAGUAAAGAAGAAAGUAGAGGACUGUGCUGACUUUUUGAGCAAAACAAUCGUAGCUCGCAUAUCCACUCCAAGCCAUGGAAUUGUUAAAUCACAUGUGUCGACUCAGAGAGGUUCCCCUCAGAUUCCCUCUCACUUGGUGUCAAAGGGCUCUAGUGACCCAUCCUCCAGAAGUGCAUGUCCAGUAACCAAACUCACCCCAGAGGUCCGUUCUGUCGUGAGAAGGGACACAUUGGAAGUGCCCAGAUUUGAAAUUGGCUCCUGUGGUGGUAGAAAAGUAGGUGCAGAUGAUUUUUCAAGCAGCACCUCUGGAACGAAAUCAGUUGAAAUCCCUAGCACUCCACCCUCGAGUCCUCAGCAGCCAUCAGAUGAGCACAGUGAGAAGCAGAUCAGACAGUUCUCGAAGAAGCUCAAAGGUACGCUUGCAAAAGAAUUUUCUCCUGCGACUCCUCCAUCAACCCCUUAUUACCCGCCUGCCACCGACACAAAAGAAUCUGGUUCAGUUUCAGACAAGGCUGAUUUCAUGCUGAAACUCAUUAGAUCUCUCUCUGAAGAAGCUGGCAGCAAUGAAGACGACGAGGAGACCCAGAAAGAUGGUCCACACUCUAGAAACUGCCAGUCAGAGCUGAGUCCCAAUGUCAGGAGCAGAAUGUUUGAGAGGAGUGCGCUCCAUUAUGCAGAGCGUUUAGCGUGCCACAUUGUUUCCAUGGCAACUGAGAUGGACACACUAAGCCUUGGAGAUGUAAAGAACGCCGAGGGUGACCAGGGCAAAGGCAGCGUUGCCUUACACAGCGCACAGUUUUCUGAACAGACUUUGAAUUCUUUGUGGACAUAUGCUGGAGAAGUGGCUGGAGAAGUCAUCAACGAUGUCAAGAGGAUGAUGAGUUCAACCCACUGUCGUCACAAAACGAUGAAAAGAGGAUCUGUAAACUCUGCUGACAAGUGUCAGAGUGGAGACGGCCUUUUGGGAAAUUUGACUUGUCAAUGGUCUGGUGACGUCCAACCAAGUGGGAUGUCAUCAGAUUAUCCAAGUUGCGAGAGUGUCACUGACGAAUAUGCAGGAUACCUCAUUAAGGUGCUCAAGAAAGAGGGAGGCAACAGAGAGCUUAUAUUGGAUCAGUAUGCCACCCGUUUGGCAUAUCGAUCUAUUAAAUCUGGCCUGGCUCAUGCGGCCCGAAAAAUAAAGCAGAGAUAUCCUUUGAGGCUACACUCCUCUAGGCGUUUACACAAUGAUCAUAGUCCUGAUGUUUCUCAAAGUCCUAUAUCCAAGUCAUCCCACACUGCACUUGCUGAUGGAAAAGAUGGAUCCUCUUGCGAAUCUCUGCCAUGUGCUUGUCAAGAUGGUCAAAACAUUAGCAGUAACGAAUAUGUAGAACUUGUGAACUUUGCAGAAUCUCUUGCCUACAACAUCACAUGUGAUGUUACGAGAAAGCUGAGAAUGUCUUCAGUUAGACUGCCUAAAUCGCUGACUGAUUCUUGCCUCUACAGGAAGUCCAGUGUCGGGGACAUGCCCGAAAGUACGUUUUCAUUCUCUCUUUUAACGUACGCAGAAACUAACAGGCUGUAUCAUAGUACGAGCAGCUUAAAUGAUAGCAAAAGCAACAACAGUGUCAUGCAAGUCAUUGAACAUUAUGCCAGGAAAAUUGUUGAUGAUACAUUGGAAAUGACGCUGGGGCCGGCAUGUGUUCCGGCAGCUGGGGAUAGGAGGGCACUUGAACCUAAUUCCUUCACAGAAAAGCUGGCUGAGGCAUAUCAAACCUGCCGAUACUGCCAAGGUCGAGAAUGUCUGUUUUGCAGUAGAGAUGGGCGUCAUGGUUUCCAGGGAUUGAAAAUCAGAAGGCAACAAGAAUCUGAUUCAGUGGCUGGACUGGAAAUUCCUAGAAUUCACAUUGAUUUGGAGAAGAGAGCUGCUUUUGCUGAAGAAAUGGUCUCCAGUGUCAUUGAGAAAGCCAAAAAGGAGCUGAGCUGCACCAGCUUAAAUGCAGACAGUGGAAUUGGUCAUGAUGGCGCAAGCUUCGCAGAAAGUCUGACCACAGAGAUUAUGACAUCCGCAUUGUCCAAUGUCUGCCAAACCGUCAAUCUUGGUACUCCUAGAAGGGAUGGCGUCAAUGUGACGGAAUCAACAGUGAGUCAACAGCUUAGUUUGAGUGUUGGUGAUGACAGUCUUGGUAGUUGGUCCAAUCUGAGUUUUGAAGAAGACCACCCAGAUGAGAGCAGCAGCUUUCACCAUCUAAGUGACAGCAGUAAUGGAAACAGCAGUAGCUGGAGCAGUCUGGGUUUAGAAGGCGAGGUUUAUGAAGAACAUUUGUCCUUCUCUCCAUCAGACAGUGACUGCACUGAAGAGAAAGAAGCUGAGGCCAAAGAGGAUUCAGGCGGAGCGGUACGGGAUCAUGGACAGGCAGAAAGAGCUCUGCUUGUGGUCAGUACCGAUGUCCAGGGGGGGACUGUGGACCCCCAGCUGACGGCUGUGCUCCAGUGGAUCGCCGCCUCUAUCGCUGAUCUGUCUUUAAUCAGCUAUUACUCAGCAGGCCAGGAGCUCCUCCAGCUGCCGGCCGUGGCCCAGAGGCUGAAGGAGAGAGAGUUCAGGGUUGCCGACCUUCUGCAGGCUCUGCUGAGAUACUUUGAAGAGUGCCGCACCGAGGAAGAGCACGAGGCUGGAGACACGAGGCAGGGUCACAAGAGCCUCUUCCAGUGGCUCCUAGAACAAGCGUAAAUCCCCAUCACACACUGACACCCGUCAGCUAUUAAAGAUGAAGUUUCCUGUCACUUUACAGUGAUCUGCAAUUUAUCUGCCAAACCUAGAGGCAUAGCCAGUGGAAUGUGUUUGUGUUGUGUAUUGCUUGUGCACCAGUGUCCACCCAGGGGGCGCCAUAUUGAAGUCUACGAGCAACUGAAAUAAUCUAAGAGCCGUUCUUUCAAGUGUGUGUUUUGCAUGCCGUCACCGAGAGUCCCUUUUGCUUGCUUUCACCUCUCUUUUUAUUGCCACAUUGUUUUCUUUAAGAUUAGACUGCAUAUCACACGUUUGGCACACCGUCAGUGAGUUUGGCUUUCACACCUUGCCACAACACAAAAAGACUGAUGGGUUGGUUUGUUGUAAGGGAAUCCCCAUGGCUGCAGGAAAGCUUAUGUCAUCUUUAUAUCUCUCCUUUACGGUGGUGUUUGCACUUGUUGAAGGGACCAGCCAUGCAAUCCAGCAGGGCUCCGGGUCACCGGAAGGUAUUCCAUUACACGUAACGCAAAGUGAAUCACAGUCUGGGUGAUUAUAAUAAUUACCUAAAAUUAUAUUUACCCUGUUUAGCACAUUUUUGGCAACAAUACUUACCAGUCAAUUCCAUUGGCAAUUAGACACUAAAUAGUUGCUGUUGAAUGAAUCCAUCAGUAUGUAGUCAAUUUUACAUUCCCCUGUUGUGAUUCGGACGUUUUUUCCAGUCGUUAUUUCUAAAUGAUAAAAGUCCUUUAGCUAUGUACAUUCAUAAUAGUUCAAAAUGAAUCGGUAUACCUGUAAAUAUGCUUUUCUUUAAGUUAAAAUGAAUUGUUUACACCAGAGGCUGCAAUUAGACUGCAGAUGAUCAUAAAGAUCACUAAAGUGUGGAGGGGUUUGUGUGGCCAACUUACAGAAAAACACAAAUAUACUUUCAAGCCUAUUUUAAAAAGCUGCUAAACAUGUAAACCCCAUUUUGCCAUAAGAGGAAACUCGCAGUAAGCUUCUUUUAAAACUAUUUAACGUUCUCUACAGGGGACUUUUCUCUAAUUUCCUCCUGGCAUUGUACACUCAUUGAAGGUUACUGUGACGCACUGGUAGUGCAUUGCUAAAUGAGGAUGCCUCUGCAGUGAGUAUAUCUGAACUAGUCACCACGUCUACGUGGACCUUCUAUACUCACUGCCCGCCCUUUAGUGUGCACUACACCGAAUAUUGCACUUUCCCUAUAUCUUUGUUUAGACCUCAAAAAACAAUCUUUAUUAUUGCAAUGCAUAAGCGAUAGAUCGGCAACAGCUUGUAGGAGUUUGUCACGUGUAACUUAUUAAGCCUCAAGGGACCUGUAUGAAAAUUAUUUGCACUGCAGUUUUGUGCUUUAAGGAAAACUACUAAUUUUCUACUUGCUCAUGUCAGUCUAAAUGUAACAUGUAUGUUGCUUUGGGUUUUUUUUUUUUUUCGCAACACAUACAGUUUGGUAGAAUCUUAACACAGCUAUUUCCACAGAACAGUAAUUCCUAGUGACUAUGACUGCCAAGCUCCAAAAAGGGAAAAUAAAUAGAAGUAGUCAAUACAACUUGCAACCAGUAUUCUAAAUAUUCAAGUCUUCGUAUGAUAGUUUUCUUUAUUGAAUUUUAAAUUAUCUAGCCCACAUUUGGGUCAAAGAUUGAAAUAAUUUUGUAUUAUGUUCAGUUAUUAAACAAUCACAAGAUCCUUUUUGAAUGUAUGAUAUAUAGAUGAGCUUUGAAAAAGUGGAUGAUACAUGUGACCUAAUGGUAAAGAAAAAUAGAGAGAUUGUAUGGCUUCAGAAAUCUUAGAAUAUUGCACACAAGUUUCUUUUUUUUUUUCUUUUUUUUAUAUAUAUAGUGUAGAAGUGCAUUGAGAUUCUUCAAAAAGUCUGCUUUUGUGUUACACUGAAAAAUAAAAGCAUAUGGAUUCGUAACAGAGCCCCGCACAUGACAUGCAGGAAAAAAAAAUCUGUAUAUUGAGGCCACAAAUUAACAAUUCGUUCCCAUGAUUUAAUAAUGCGUCAGCGCGAUUUACUAAUUCGUUCCCUCGUUUUUUUUAUCUUUAUAAAUCGCACGCACAAUAUAAUAAUUUGUUCCUUCGAUUUACUAAAUCGCGGCCACAAAUUUGUUCCUUUGUUUUAGUUGACUCCAACUGAAGGAACAAAUUACUUCAAUGUGGCCUUGAUUUACUAAAACAAGGGAACAAAUUACGGUAAUAAAUCGUGGGAAGGAGUUCUUUAUUCACGGCCAUGGUUUAACUCAAACGAGAAACAAAUUCUUAAUUCAUGGCCACGAUAAAUAUAUAUUUUUGUCCGGGGCUCCGCAGUUUGGAACAACAAUAUGUGCGAGUAAAUAAUGACAGACUUUGGUUGACCUUUUCCAUUUAGUUUUAUUGACAUGAUUGCUCAGAUACUGUUACAGUGUGAUUUAAUGAUAAGAGAAACAAUAUGAAGGCAAUCGGAGUUGUAAAGAUCGUUGAAUACGUUUCUUUCAUGUCUUUGCCCUGUAACAUGCAUGAUGCGCUUUCAGUCCAUGCUUCAUGUACUUCUCUUUACGUGUGCAUGAUGCCGAUUCAUUAUCUUGUGCAUGGUUUCAAACUGGCUGACACCAUAUAUGCUCACACUACCUACUGCAAUGAAAAAAAAGAGUCAUUUCUGUAUUCAUGCUGUUAUAACUUCAGCGCUGCCAAAUAUAGUUGGUUCUGCACUUACAUAGUAUUUGUUCACAUUCUUUUGAAAUGUUUUUUUUUUUUAAAAACACAAAAAAAAAACCCCUGCCAUACACUGUUGAGUUGGACAUUUUCAUAUGAUAGCUGUAUCACUUAAACCAUAAUGUGGGAGGCGCAAAAGAAGUUUAAUACUGUAUAUGAACAUUGAAGCUUGAGUAGAUUUUAAAAAAACAGUUGGCACAAGUAUGCCGUGACCAUCAGCGCUGCCUCAUUAUUAGUGGGAUUGUACAUGCAUCCGUGUUCUUGAAGUAAUUGUAAACAUUAGUGCUGUAGAUGUUCUGCCCUUGUGUUCUUAUUCACCUUAUUUUUGUGUACAUUCCUAUCAUUUACAAAUGAUCUAUAGCUAUUUUGUUAAGUAAGGCUACAUGUAUAAUGCAAAGUUCACACCAUACUCAACAGAUGAAUAUUUUGUUACUUGUGCAGUGUUUCUCCAUUCUCUCUCAUAGUAUAGUGGGAAAAUGAUACACAGUGACUUCUCUAUUUUUUUCCUGCCCAUUUGUAUAAUCUUGCCAAAAAAGUUAUUUAAUAAUUUAUGUAAGUAUAAGUUGCGAUGGUGAAUACACUACUUGUCCCCCCAGUGAAGUUGCUGAGUAGUUUACACAUGAUUAAAGCUUAAUGCACUACACCUGUACACUGUAAAAAGCUGUGGGUAAUAAAGCUUUUUCAUUUGAA